UUAGAUAUGCAUCUCAACAUCGGAACAAUACAUUCAGCAGUAAGCUUGAACAGACCAGAUGGAUCAUCAGCUGGAACCUGUUUAGCUCCAUUAGGAGGGGUCAAUGGAGGAUGCACUACAGGUUUAACACAGGAUGUAACCACUGGAAUAACGACAUACAGUAUAGCAUCUGUAUCACGGACCAGAGACCAAGGUGUUUGGACAAGUACACAUCAAAGUGAUACUGGGAGCAUUAGCAUAACUGUAUUGACAAUUCCUACGCUAACUGUAAGUCAGUCAGUAUCGUCUAUGACGCUGUCACCCGGUAUUAGUAAUACCCAAAGUUUGUCCAUCACAGUGACGUGUGCAUAUCCAGCAGCCUCACUCAGCUUGUCCUUUGUGCCGACUGUAGGAGGUACUGCAAUAAAUGCCCCAUCAUCAACAUCAACAUGUUCCUCUACUGGUAACACUUGGUGUACUGAUACAUAUGCCAACAGUUAUGACUGUGAAAUUGUAUCGCAAUAUGAGACAACUCUGUCAUCCGAUACAGCAUACUACAUACAAGUAGCAGUCAAUCUUGAUGGACAGUACCAAUCUAUUGGAAUGGCACCCAUCAUCAAUGAUACAGAGAUAAUAGUGCAAGGUACAAGUGCUGAUGUUGGUGUUAUAGAUACCCGUGUUUUGUGUUAAAUAAAACAUUGAACUAUGAUUUGAAAUCAGCCAUUGUGACAAUUCUGAAAUAUGCGGCCAACAUUAGAAUGAUAUUAUCCAUAAUUGAUGGCCACUAUGACACCUCACAGUACAUUUGGAUGUUUUUUCAUCUUACCAUUGUCAGUUUUAUAAUAUCAGUACGAGUAUAAUCAAUAAAUCAAUAAAUGGAG